UGUACCUCCCCAACGACUUAUCAACCUUGUACCCCUCCGUCACAAUAUCCAUCUUCUCAGGCGGGCAGCAGUAUUACCGGGCAGAGUCGAUUUUCACCUAGAACUCCUGGGGAGAAAGAAGAGAUGAAUUGGGACGGACCAAGGAUCGUGAUGGGUGGUAGGGUGUCUCGACCUUCUAGUCCGGAAGGUGAAAAGUCGAUGAGUAUUGAAGUGCCAGCCAUCAUUUUGACCGAACCACCCCCUUACUCUUCACCUUUCCCCUCUCCAGGAGGUAAAUCAACCAUACUCCUCCCCGCCGUUAUUCUCCCUUUAUCAUCUUCUUACCCAUGUUCUCCCCCUUCCUCAAACUACGUACCCACUCCUCUUUACUCCUCAAACUUUGCUAACGCCCUCAUCCGUCCCCAAGGAUCAGGAUACGCUAUCGGUACCGCACUUCGGACAGUCCUACUUUUGCUUGUCAUCUCGGUUGGAGCUUGGCAUUUGUAUAGCAGUCUAUGUGCUGAUCAUUGGGAAGGUGGUGUAUGAGUCAUCUCCCUCCCUGUUCUUAGAUAACUCGGUUUUGCAGCUGGUGGGAUAUGAAUGAGAGAGUGGAUGGAUGGGACAUGAUCACGGAUCCGAUUUUAGUAUUUACAGACGAAACGAUUUGGAAUGACUUUUUGACGCCCGAUAUAGGAUAUAAGAUAUAGGAUAUUAUGGACAUUGGACAUUGUGACGUAUCUAGUCAUUGAUCAUCUAUAUAUCUACGUUUAGUGGUUUGAUGCAACUAUGAGAGCAAUGAG